ACUCGGAAGACCCACACAUACGCCAAAACACACCCAGAGCACCGUUUCACUGCCCGCCGCUGCACAUGCCCUCAUCUUUCACUUCUGCUCCACGGCGUGAUGUACCACACGCUCCGCGAUGCCCUGUGUACUUCAAUGGGCCACAGACCGGGCAGACUCCUCCUACAGCUUUGGCAAACGUCCCGCGUCCUAGAUGUCGCUAUCGCUUGCCUGCACAACACACCGUCAUCAUUACUAAGGUGUGCCACCCCGAGACUUUCAUCGACUUUAUCGACACUUACGGCUCACCUGCCCCGCCUGUCUCUGUCCUCUGACCUACUGUGCCUGUGUUGCCAGACCCUCCCCGAUACCUUCCAACUCAGACGAAGCACAUCAGCCCUAUACCAGCGCUGCUCUAUAGUCACCGGCAUGGAAGGACAUUACUGUUUCCAGGGAGUAAGAGACCGAUACUCAGGGAUAACUGUAUCUUCCAGUGAGGAGCCUGUUCCUGCACAAGACUUUGAACAGAUACUACAAGCUUCCCUUCAUCAGUGGAGGAAGGAGAGGGUGCGAGGAGUAUGGUUCAGAGUGGACCUUCGACAUGCAGACUGGGUGCCAGUGCUGGCAAGAUAUGGGUUCACCUACCACCAUGCCAAGACAGACUUUGUAAUGAUGGUGCAGUGGUUGCCAAUGAAUGAACCGAACAAUAUUCCCAGGUAUGCACACACUCUGAUUGGAGUCGGUGCCUUUGUAGUGAAUGACAAGGAUGAACUGCUGGUGGUCCAAGAGAGGUUUUACUCCAAGCCUCACUGGAAACUCCCUGGGGGCUAUGUGGAAUUCAAUGAAGACUUGGGGGCAGCAGCUGUCCGGGAGGUGAAGGAGGAGACCGGCAUUGAGGCAGAGUUUGUGUCCCUGGUAGCUUUCCGCCAUGUUCAUAAUGCUGCAUUUUGCUGCUCGGACAUGUACUUCAUUGUGCACAUGCGGCCCAUCACCAGCCAAAUCAUAAUGUGUAAGAAGGAGCUGUCGGCCUGUGAGUGGAUGAAGAUCGAGAGGUACAUAAACAAUCCAAAAGUGAACAAAAUGAACAGGUUCUUUGCCAAGCAGUACCUUGAGUCACGCAGGAAGGGAAUGCAGCUUCAAGCUUCUCCCAUGUAUCAUCCCUUCGUCAAGAGAAAUAUAAUGGUGUACAGCAUCGGUCAUGAGCUUCAUUCAGAGAAUAACAGCAAUGAAGCACAGGCUUCCGCUGAAGGUCACUCCGCUUGCAAUGGAGACCCCAAGCUUUAGUGACUGGUUAGUGAGGAUAAAUUUGACACGGUAGCUAAAUUUAGUCAGCAGAUUUAUGACUGAUUACCUGCACAUGACUUUUAUCAUGUAUAUUUGCACCAACAACAAUAUCAGCACACACUACUUAUUGAACUAGCCUUGGCAGUGUAUGGUGCAAGUUUACUUGAAUGACUAAAUGGUUACCAUUACUCAAAUACAGGUCACUUGCUGUCAAAUUGGGCAGUGAUUAAAAUUAAUGUGUUUAUAAUAUAUUUACAUGAGAAAAAUUAUUUAUUCCAAAUUAAUUCAAAUUUUAUUAAAUGCGUAGUUGUAAGCAUUUGGAGGCCGAAGGUCUUACUGUCGUUUGCCGUCCCCAGUUGCAUACAAUAUUACCAAUGUAAUAUAGAAGAGAAUGUUGGAAUACCUUCCAACAAAGGGAGUGAAAGUCUUAGCCGUAGUCAUAGUUGGACAAUCUGGCAGCUCGUCAAGCUGUGCAAUUUGCUUUUAUGGUUUAUAAACUUCUGUUCCUAGAUGUCUUCAGGAUUUCAUACCACAUUUUCUACCUACAGAAAUAUUGACUUUUUAUCUUGCUCUUGGAGUAUUUGCUUGCUUCACCCAGUCAUUCUCCAUGUGGCCAGCCAUUAACUAUUACGUACAAAUAAAGGGUAUUAUGAAGUCACCAGGUUGAGUUGUACCAUUUAUGUCUAUUUUUCACUCAUAUUAAAGCUUUAUAUAUUUCUUUACCAGUUUAUAAGUAAAGUUUUAUUUGUAUCACCGUUAGAAAUAGUAUAAGAAUAAUGCAACAAACUUGUAUAGUAAAGACUAUUGUGGUGAUUUAAUAACUUGUUACAUAUCACUAGUUUUACUCAGUUAAUGGUGCUUUUUAUCAUAUAUCAUGUUUAUAGAAGAUAUUGUACAAACUAUUUAUAUACCAUUAUAUAUAUUACACAUAACUGGAAAAUAACUGCAAUGUAUCAUUGCUUACUGAAGGAAUGUAACUUUCUACCUUUCACUAUUUCAUAUAAAGUUUAUUGACAUUU